AUGGUUGGUCUUACACGCCUUUUGGCUGGAACCUGGCUGUUGCCAGCUGUGUAUGGCGCCGCCACGCAGACCUCGAGUUCGGCUUAUCACCAAACCACCCUCGAAUCCCUCGUAGAUGUUGGUGCAAACCUUAUCGCCAACAUCGAUGACCCCGAGGCAAUCAACGCGCAGUCCGCUUGCCCUGGUUAUCGGGCAUCGAACGUGCAAAAUACUUCUCGCGGAUGGACGGCCACCUUGAAAUUGGCAGGCAAGGCGUGCAAUGCAUACGGCACUGAUGUGGACUCCCUGAACUUCACACUCGAGUACCUGUCUUCCACGCGUGUGAACGUCCAAAUCACUCCCUCGCAUGUGGAUUCCUCGAAUGCAUCUUGGUACAACCUCUCCGAGGAUGUAGUUCCGCGACCCAAGGCCGACAAGAAGGCGUCUGCCAAGGAUAAUGAUUUCGAGGUCUCUUGGUCCAAUGAGCCUUCUUUCGGUUUCAAGGUCUCCCGCAAGGCGACUGGAGACGUUCUUUUCAACACCAUUGGCUCCAAGCUGGUGUAUGAAAACCAAUUCAUUGAGUUUGUCACCGCUUUGCCCGUUGACUAUAACUUGUAUGGACUCGGCGAGCACAUCCAGCAGUUGCGACUACUGAAGAACUCGACCUUCACUUUGUACGCUGCGGAUACCGGCGAUCCGGUCGAUCUUAACACCUACGGAUCGCAUGCUUUCUACCUGGAUACUCGCUACUAUGAAGUCAAUGACAAGGGAUCCCACACCCUUGUGUCCAGCGACCAGGCAACUACCUCCAAGAACUACGUCUCAUACUCACACGGUGUUUUCCUGCGCAAUGCUCACGGCCAGGAGAUCCUUCUUGGAACCGAAAAGCUCACCUGGCGUACCAUCGGUGGUAGCAUUGAUUUGACUCUCUACUCGGGCCCAACCCAGAGGGAAGUGACCAAGGACUACCAGCUUAGCACCAUUGGUCUACCUGCAAUGCAGCAGUAUUUUACCUUUGGUUACCAUCAGUGCCGCUGGGGAUACACAAACUGGUCCGAGGUGGAGGAUGUCGUUGCUAAUUUCCAGAAGUUCGAGAUCCCUCUGGAGAACAUCUGGAACGACAUUGACUACAUGCAUGGCUAUCGUGACUUUGACAAUGACCAGAACCGCUAUUCUUAUGAAGAGGGAGCUGUGUUCUUAGAAAAGUUGCACAAGGCUGGCAUCCACUACAUCCCUAUUGUGGAUUCUGCUCUCUAUAUUCCCGACCCCAACAACGCGUCUGAUGCUUAUGACACCUACACUCGUGGUGCCGAAUUGGAUGUAUUCCUGAAGAACCCCGACGGAAGCACCUACAUUGGCGCUGUCUGGCCUGGAUACACCGUCUUCGCCGACUGGCACCACCCUAAGGCUGCCGAUUUCUGGGCAAACGAGCUUGUUACCUGGCACGAGAAGGUUGCAUUCGACGGUAUUUGGAUUGACAUGAAUGAAGUUUCUUCCUUCUGUGUCGGUAGCUGUGGUACUGGAAAGCUCAGCCAGAACCCAGUUCACCCUCCAUUCUCGCUGCCCGGAGAGCCUGGAAACAUCAUCUAUGAUUAUCCCGAGGGAUUUAACGUCACAAACUCGACAGAGGCUGCCUCUGCUUCUGCGGCAUCUGCCAGCCAAGCCUCUGCAGCUGCGGCUACUGGACAGUCUGCUGCUACUACCACCACCCCCUAUCUGCGCACCACGCCUACUCCAGGUGUUCGAGACGUGAAUCAUCCCCCAUACGUGAUCAACCACGCUCAGACUGGUCAUGAUCUUGCUGUGCACGCUGUCUCUCCUAACGCUACCCACUCCGAUGGUGUUCAGGAGUACGAUGUCCACAGUCUGUAUGGUCACUCUAUCAUCCGUGCGACCUACGAGGGUCUCCGUAAGGUCUUCCCUGAGAAGCGUCCCUUUAUCAUUGGUCGCUCGACCUUUGCUGGAACUGGUAAAUGGGCCGGCCACUGGGGUGGUGACAACAACUCCAAGUGGUCAUACAUGUUCUGGUCUAUUCCCCAGGCUCUGCAGUUCUCGCUGUUUGGUGUCCCUAUGUUUGGCGUUGACACCUGUGGCUUCAAUGGCAACACCGACGAGGAGCUCUGCAACCGCUGGAUGCAGCUUUCGGCCUUCUUCCCCUUCUACCGUAACCACAACGUGCUCUCUGCCAUCAGUCAGGAGCCCUACCAGUGGGCUUCGGUUGCUGAGGCCUCUAAGGCCGCCAUGAAGAUCCGUUACGCCAUCCUCCCAUACAUCUACACCCUGUUCCAGCAGGCGCACACUACCGGAUCGACUGUCAUGCGCGCGCUGGCGUGGGAGUUCCCCAAUGACCCCUCCCUGGCGGCCGUGGACACUCAGUUCCUGCUCGGACCUUCCAUCAUGGUUGUCCCUGUCCUCGCCCCUCAGGCGACCAGUGUCAAGGGUGUCUUCCCGGGCAUCAAGCAGGGUGAGGUCUGGUACGACUGGUACACUCAAACCGCCGUCGACGCCCAGCCCCAUGUCAACACCACCAUCGCCGCUCCGCUAGGUCACAUCCCCGUGUUCGUCCGUGGUGACAGUGUUCUCCCCAUGCAGAAGCCUGCCUUGACCACCCGUGACGCUCGCAACACCCCCUGGACCAUCCUCGCCGCCCUUGGUGAGAAGGGAAUUGCCUCGGGUGAACUGUACCUCGAUGAUGGAGAGAGCUUUGCGCCCAACGCAACGCUGACUGUCACAUUCAAGGCUACCAAGUCCAGCCUCAGCGCUGAGCCGCGUGGAAACUGGCAAGAGAAGAAUGCCCUCGGCAAUGUUAACGUGCUGGGUGUCACUCACAAGCCUAAUGGCGUGACUCUCAACAGCAAGACCGUCCCCGCUGCAUCGGUCCACUACAACUCUACCUCACAGGUUCUGUCGGUCACUGACCUUCAGAAGUUGACAUCACAGGGAGCCUUCGCAGACAGCUGGGUCCUCAAGUGGUAA